AUGGAUGCUGCCCUGUAUGUUAAGCCGAAGACGUGGGGUGACCUGAAGCACUUUCGCGAGCGCCUGGACUUCCUGUGCACUCAGGAUCAUGAGCUGAGCCGGCACCGAGACGCAAAGCAGGUCGUCUUCAUGCCGGGCUGGUCCGCCUUUGCCGAGUCUGCCGAAGCUGCUGUGGGAGUACAGGAGCUGGGCCUUGUCUGGCCUGGCACCGAGCCAAAAGCAUCGCAGGGCUUGGAAAAGAUUGGCUUCAAGCGCAUCUGUGAGGCGGUUGGAGCACCGACCCCGCCCUUUACGGUGCUGUCAGAAGAAGAUGCCAAGUUGGUGGAUCUCACCAAUGCCGAGGCCAAAGAGGCUUGUGUACAGGAUUUCAUGCAGAAGGUCUUGGCCAUGAACUUCUCCGAGAAAGGCCUCAUCAAGAGUAUUCACGGCGGUGGUGGCAAGGGCACUGCCCACCUGCAUCAUCCAGAUCAGCCGGAGGAGGUUCGCAGGGCAGUGGAGAAGGUGAUCACCGAAAUGAAUCGCACUGAUGGGAUCUACUUUGAGCAGCGGGUGAACACGAAAGGUGAUGGACGCUUCUAUCAGAUUGAGCUCGAGGUGGAUGGAGAGACUGUGGCUGAUGGGGGCCGAUUCGUGUGGUUCAACUCGGGCCUGCAGAAGGUGGUGGAGAUUGGCCUCAGCGACGACAAGAUCGACCUGUUUAUGCCACAAGACCUCUAUCAGAAGUCGCGGAAGUGGGCGGGAGACAUUGCCAAGAUGGGAAAGAACAACACAAGGGCUACAAUGGAAGCCCUGGUCUUCAAGAACGAAAAGGGUGAGUACGAGUGCUCGUUCAUUGAGUGCAACCGCCGGCCGCAAGUUGAGAAUGAAGCCUUGGCGCUGCUGCAGACUGACAGCAAGGGCCAUCGCCGCUACACCUUCGCAGAGCUGAUGAUGCGUGCCAAAGGCUACCCAGCGCCGACCUUUGCGCCGGCCAAGGACUGCUCCAUCGUCCUGCAUGCACGGUGGCUACACGGCAACCCGGACAGCCACGGCAAGAUCACCUACCAGGCCGGAAAUAUUUUGGGAAUGACCGGACCUCGGCUGGAUUACAUCAAAGCAGAGCUGCUGGCUCCUGGAGAGAUCUCCUUCACCUCUGAUCCUCAGCUGGGCAAGGCAGUCAUCACGGCAGAUUCCUGGGAUGAGAUGUGCGACAACGCGGCUGAGUACUUCAGGCUGCGCAAGCCUGCAGUCAUGGGAGCAGCCUCCACGUAUGCUCAGACUUUGUACAACCUCUUCACCAGUCCAAGGUUCCGAUCUGGGCAGACAGCGUCAAACGAGACCUUUGCUCACAUUGAGAUCCCAGACUACCCGGAAAGAAGUGUGCUGACAGUUUUGAAGGAGCAGAUUGCUCCGACCAUUGUGAAUGGCUACCGCAAGGGCGAGGGCGUCGAUCCCGAGCGUUACCCGACUCUGGGCGUCACGUCUGCUGUAGAAGAGCUGGGCCAUGAACUGACGAAGUCUGCACCAACCGCCAACAAGUUCACAGCAUUCGCCCGCGGCGAGGCUUCAUACGAGGAGUACAUUGCCGAGCUUCGGGCGAAGCUGGAUAAACAGGGUGGCGGCUGGGUCACCGUGGCCCCACGUGAUACAGCACAGCAAGGCAACGACUCCGAAAGUGCGUCUGUUAGCAACAUCUCCCGGAUAAAUGCUGAAGUUUGGGCAGAGAAAGCCGGCUGUGUGGGCUAUGAGACAGGUGGCGCGCAGUACCAAGCAGGUUUGAUUCGCGGAUUCGAUCCUGCAACGAUCCUCCGCCUGGGCCUCCCUUUCAACAUGCCGGCGCAUUCUCUGCAGCGAUCACAGUAUGUGAAUGGUCUUGCGGAGCUCACUCCCGAGAUCCGCCGUCCCCUCUUCAAUGCCACCGCCGAGAUUGUGGCGCAGCACUACCGGGGCAGGGGCGACAUUCAGAGCUGGGUUCCAUGGAUGCCUUACAACUUCCAUGCUGGCAAUUUUUUCGACGAGCGCACUGCUUACAGUCCUCAGGACGAGACCACGUUGGAGUUGCUGGAAGCCAAAUGCUUGCCAAUGCCAAACUGGGUCUUUUCUCCAAAGUUCCCAUUGGAGGCAUUGAAAAAGUGGACGGAGCGCCAGAUAGACUUGUUCGCGAAGACCGGCCUGCAACUGCAUCAGAUCCGCAUCAAGAAUCCUGGCCAGGGCAAAGACUGGACAGCAGACGCUGUCUGGGCCCACGUCGAGACCAUGAUCGCCACAUUCAAAGCCAAGGGCCUUCCGCCGCCGAUUGUUCACAUCCACAAUCAUGACUUCAACGGAACUGCAGCGCAUGUUGGCGCUGAGCUCUUUCGAAAAGCCCACAAGGCAAAUUUCAGUACGCUGGUUAUUGAUGCUGCCCCACGCAAGAACGGCACCCACAACGACAACACAGUGCUGCUUGAUGCAUUGAAUUUGACCGGAGAGCAGCAUGCAGCCCUUGCAGAGUACAACCACAACCAGCAGCAAAUUGAGAACAUCCUAUGCAGAUUUGAUAGUCGCACCUCACAGAUGACUCCUUGGGACUCAGACUGGGCUGGUGGAACAGAAGGCUCCGACAUCCGCAUUGCUAAAGAAUACUCCUUGGACGUGCGAAAGAUCAACCAUGCGAAGGAGGUAGCCAGCGAGGUCUUCCCCCUGGAGCGGGCGGUCACCCCCUUCUCUGAGUACAAGCUGCGCCUAGGCAUUGCCAUCAUGAUUGAGCCUGGCAUCGAGCCCAAAACGGCAGAUGCGGUACGCCAGUGGGUCAACAAGGGUGGUAAGCUAAAAGUUGGCGGUGAUGUUCUGGUGGGCCUGAAGCGCUGGGAGACACUGGUGCCCAAGACCCCGGAGGUAGACAAGCUCUUGGCAAAUAUGCCCGAGGAGCUCGAGGCCGCGCUCGCCCAGAAAGGAAAGCUCAUUGGUCCCAGUGACCUUCCUGCUCACCUCACAUCAGCUCAACGCCACAACGCUCUGGGAUAUCAGGGCAAGGGGCUGGAGUUCGUGAAAGCGCAGGAGAAGGGUACCGACUUGACGCCACUGCUUCUGGCGCCGACCGUGCUCCACAGCGCGCCAAAGGCCUUGAAACCGGGCUCCAACUUCCAGAUCCUCAUGGACAAGCUGGACGGCGAGCUGCCAAAGAAGGAAGAGAUUGAGUUCGUAGGCUUCGGCCUGGCUCCAGGAGUUGCCAUGGGCCCUGGUAGCCUUGCUCGGGAGUUGGUGCUCAGCUUCCAGCAUGAAGGACAGGUGGUCCAGGUGCAGCUUCCAGACCCAGACGCUAUCGCCAGCGCGGCAACAGCCAGCGGACCUCGUAAGGCCACACCUGGCAACAAGUUCGAGGUACCGACGGUCGUUCCAGGAGAAGUCUUGUCCUAUGCCGUCAAGGUGGGUGACACCCUCGAGAAAGGACAGAUUCUCUGCGUCUUGGAAUCCAUGAAGAUGGAGAUGAAGAUUCCAGUGCCUGACGAGUUGGUCGGCCUGAAGGUGAAGGAUCUUCCUUGCAAGGGCCGGACGAAAGAGAAGCAGGGCGACAUCUUGGCGCCUGGAGAUUUGAUGAUAGAGCUGCAGGAGUGA